CCACCGUCAGACCAGCCCACAGACAUGAACCGCCCUCCCAUAAAAAUUGUCAGCGGGAUGCCAAUCCUGGGACCCUUUGCCGAAAACUGGGCCAACGUUCAGCGUUUCCAGGCCAGAGAAGAUGACAUCAUGAUUAACACGUACCCGAAGUCUGGGACCACUUGGAUGAGCGAGAUUUUGGAUCUGGUCUUUAAUGGAGGAGACACAAAGAAGACGGCCAGAGGUGCAAUAUAUGAGCGAGUGCCCUUUCUAGAGUACGCCGUGCCCGGUAUGCCCACGGGAACUGAAAGCUUGGAUCCAAUGAAGACUCGGCGUCUGGUCAAAUCUCACCUACCUGUGGAGCUUGUUCCACAGAGCUUCUGGGAAAAGAACUGUAAGGUGAUCUGUGUAGCGCGCAACCCUAAAGAUGUGUUGGUGUCAUAUUAUCAUUUCUAUCAAAUGGCCAUUGUUCACCCGGAUCCUGGGACUUUCGAGGAAUUUUUUGAAGGCUUUAUGAAGGGGACAAUUGCGUUUGGCUCCUGGAGCCAGCAUGUAAAGGGCUGGUGGAAGAUCAGAAAGCAAAGAAACGUUCUCUUUCUUUUCUAUGAGGAUAUGUUGGAGGAUCCAAAGCGUGAAAUCAAGAAGGUAUUGAAGUUCAUAGAGAAGGACGUUCCAGAAGAUGUUCUGGAGAAGAUCCGCCAGCACACCACGUUCAAGGCUAUGAAGGAAAACAAAAUGUCCAAUUAUUCCACCACGCCCUCAUCAGUCAUGAACCAUGACAUCUCUCCUUUUAUGCGGAAAGGUGUGUGCGGGGACUGGAAGAAUCAUCUCACGGUGGCUCAGAAUGAAAUCUUUGAUGCAUAUUUGGAGCGGGAGAUGUCCGACACGGAUCUAACCUUCCGAUUCCAGGAAUGACGCUCCUACUUUCCUGAACCCUUUUUUCAUCUGUAA